AUGACAGCUAAGGUACUCCAGAAGGUUGAAUCAACUGAUGCAGGGGUAAAAGAAAUGAGAAGUGAUUUCUCGAGCAUGAGUCAGUUGGUGGACUCUCACACCACCUCCAUUAAACAAAUUGAGCAGCAGUUGGGGCAACUCUCAACCUCACUGAAUCAGAGGAAGAAUGAGUCACUACCAAGUUAUACCAUUCAAAAUCCUAAGAAGGAUGGGCACUGCAUGGCCAUCGCCACCAGAAGUGGUAAAGUUCUUACUGACCCUACUUUCGCAUGUACCAAACAUGAACAGGUCUUGGAGCAACCAGGCAGAGAUGAGGCUGAAACUAUACAGGUAGAUGACUCGGAGGAUAUUCAGCAUAAAGCACAACCUGCGAGAAGAAAAGAGAAAGAGGUCAAGGAAAACCUACCUUUACCUCAGAUUCCCAGACCACCUCAUCCUUUCCCUCAAAGGCUCAGAAAGAAUGAUGAAGAUGGGAAGUUUACAAAAUUCAUCACCAUGUUGAAGCAUCUUUCAGUAAACAUUUCACUGGUGGAAGCCCUGGAGCAAAUGCCAGGAUAUGCCAAGUUCAUGAAAGACUUGGUUACCAAGAAAAGAGUUGUAAGUCUUGAUUUUUCUAACGAUAAUCAUCAUUGCAACGUCAUUGCUACCAGAUCUCUGGUUCAGAAGAAGGAAGAUCCAGGUGCAUUCAUUAUCCCAUGCACCAUUGGAUCAAUUAAGUUUGCAAAAGCUUUAUGUGACCUAGGAACCAGCAUCAACUUGAUGCCAUUAGCCAUCUACAAGAAAUUGGGAUUGGGAGUUCCAAGACCCACAGCAAUGAGGUUGAUGAUGGCUGAUAGGUUAGUAAAGUGGCCAAUGGAAGUCUUUUGUGAUGUACUGGUUAAGGUGGACACCUUCAUCUUUCUGGCUGAUUUCGUGAUCUUGGAUUGCGAAGUGGACUUUGAGGUUCCUAUCAUUUUGGGAAGACCAUUUUUGGUAACAGGGAUAGCCUUGGUAGAUGUUGAGAGAGGAGAGCUAAAGUUCAAAAUUAACAAAGAUGAAGUAAAGUUUAAUAUUUGCAGGUCAAUGAAGCAACCCAAUGAUAUGAAUGUGGUAUCUGCAAUAGAGGUGGUUGCUGAUGAAGAAAUGAGGGUACCCAUAGAAGAGAGGAUGGCUGUUGAAACCUUAGCAGCAGUGCUGAUGAACUUUGAUGUUGAUUUUAAGUUUGACUAUGUAGAGACCGUGAAUGCUUUGCAGGGUAUAGGAUCACAAUCGUACGCUCCAAAGAAAUUGGACCUGGACUUGAAAAACAGGCCAAGCCCUCCAGAAAAACCAUCCAUUAAGGAGCCACCGGUGCUAGAACUGAAAUAG